GCGCAGGCCCGGGCUAGGCGGCAGCAGGCGGAGGCAGAGCGCGAGGGGCGGGGGUGGCGUGGAGGGGGCGCCGGCCGGCGGUCAGCCCCGCUCUAGCCGGGUUGUCAUGUCUCGCCAGGCGAAGGAUGACUUCCUACGGCACUACACGGUCUCCGACCCCAGGACCCAUCCCAAGGGCUACACCGAAUACAAAGUGACCGCGCAGUUCAUCUCCAAGAAGGACCCAGAGGAUGUCAAAGAGGUGGUGGUCUGGAAGCGGUACAGUGACUUCCGCAAGCUGCACGGGGACCUGGCCUACACCCACCGCAACCUCUUCCGCCGCCUGGAGGAGUUCCCGGCCUUCCCCCGUGCUCAGGUGUUUGGCCGGUUUGAAGCCUCUGUGAUCGAGGAGCGGAGAAAGGGGGCGGAAGACCUGCUUCGAUUCACGGUGCACAUCCCUGCGCUCAACAACAGCCCCCAGCUCAAGGGGUUCUUCCGGGGUGGGGAGGUGACACGGCCCUCCGAGGUGCCCAGAGAUCUGCACAUCCUGCCACCCCCUCUGAUCCCUACACCACCCCCUGACGAGCCCCGGUUGCCCCAGCCACUUCCUGCAGAAAGGAGGGGCCUAGAGGAGUUGGAGGUGUCAGCGGACCCCCUGCCAUCCAGCCCUGCCCAGGAGGCCCUGGAUCUUCUCUUUAACUGCGACAGCAUGGAGGCAUCCAGCUCCCCCGCCCAAGGCCCUCUCUCUGAGGCUGAGCUUGCCCUCUUCGACCCCUUCUCCAAGGAAGAAGUUGCCGGCCCCAGCCCCACCCACCUAGGUGAGCUGGCAGCCAUGGAAGUAGAGUCCACACGGCUGGACCAGGAGCCCUGGGAGCCGGGAGGGCAGGAGGAAGGAGAGGAUGAAGGCGGGCCUCGCCCUGCCUAUCUCAGCCAGGCCACAGAGCUCAUCACCCAGGCCCUGCGGGACGAGCAGGCAGGCGCCUACCCUGCUGCACUCCAGGGCUACCGAGACGGUGUGCACAUCCUGCUCCAGGGGGUGCCCAGUGACCCAUCCCCUGCCCGCCGGGAAGGUGUGAAGAAGAAGGCAGCCGAGUACCUAAAGCGGGCUGAAGAGAUCCUACACCUGCACCUGCCUCAGCUGCCACCCUGAAAGGGAGUGGACCCUUCCCUAGGACUCCAGCUCCAGCACUGCCAGCCUCCCCCUCCCCCUCUGCCCCGGAACCCCAGGGGCCAUUUCUGUAUGUAACUGGACCAAGAACAAGGAACACAAUGGCUCCCUGCCUGCCUGCCUGCCUUCUUGGAAUCAGGACUCUGUAACUGCCAGCAUCUAUCACUAUGCGGCAGCAGAGGUCUCAUCAUUAAGUUGUCA